AACAAACUAGUUAGAAGAAGCUAGUAAAUUGAAUUACAUUCUCUCUCCAAACAGUUCUGGCUCUAUCGUCCGCAAGCGAGCCGGUGAGAAAAAAUACGCAUGCGCCCAAGCAGUCUUGGUAAAACAAAACCCCGCCUGUCCUAGGAACUAUUGGCGAAGUUGUUGUAAGUGCGCAUGUGCUGUGGCGGGCUCGUUUGACUUUACUUAGGCGAAGGCGAUAGAAGUCGCGGAGAUGGAGGAAGGGGAGCUUCUUUCGGGCUGCACAGAAGGUAUUCUUCCAAAGGCUUUGGCUCAACAGACCAGUUCUGAAGACAUGCAGUCUGCUUCUGUAUGCGGAAAAAAGGCUGAGACAUUGGAAAAUGCGUAUAACCAAGAGAGGGUGACUGCUGAAUGCUUUAUCAAACCAGAUAAUAUUGCUAGUUACAGCAGUGCGAUCCCAUUUGAAACGACAGUCAGCCAUUCAGCGGUGUUGGCCGAGACUAGCAAACAAAAAUGCAAUCCAGAAUAUAGUCUGAAGAAUGAGUAUUCCCAUGGCCUUGAAAAAGCAUCCUCAAAGGGCAUUGAUCCUGAAACGCAACGUGCUUCAACUUCAUGUAAUGUAUCCUUUGGACAUCUACCUAGCCCAAAAGUUGCACGUCGCUCCAUGAGUCGCUAUAGUCUGAAACUAAGUGUUAAUCGCCGGAAGUCACUGCCACCUCUUCAUGUGGAUAUUUUGGGAUUGAGUAAGGGAAUCAGCCUGGAUUUGCCAGAGGCUGAGAGAAUGGCAGCACUCCUUCUUUCUAGUUUCCAGUACUCUGCCCAAAAGCUUGAGCAGUCUUUAGGGCACAUGGAAGGCUUUAAUUUUGAAACCUUUCAGCAGAAUGUGAGCUCACUUUCAGAAGAGCUAAGGCUCCACACAAAGAAACUGAUGCUAGAUGGAACUUUGCAGAAAUGUUUUGAGGACCCCAAAUGUGGUUUGUCAGAUCCUGCAUUCAAUGAAUUGGUGACUGCCUUAAAGGACACCAUUGCGAGGUUUUCAGCAGAGAAUCAAGCUUGGGAUGAGCUACUUCAGUCCUACCAGAAAAAAUUGAAAGAAAUAUCCAGGCAGCUAGAAUCAUGCGAGCUGAAACAAGCACCAGAGGAAUCUUGCAGCUACCUUGGGACAUCCCAAGCCCAUGUACUUCAAGCCAAGCCAGACUAUCAGAAAAUACUAGAUUGCCAAGCAGAAGUCUUUUAUUGCCUAGAGGGAGUGUUUGAUGAAAUCAGUCAGAUGGUGAAAGUUUGUCAGACCUAUGUGGAAGAUACUACAUUAUAUCUCCAGAAGCUAUCAGCACAACUUGCAUCAAGAACUUUCCGGAGAUUAGAGAAAUCACCAGCCCGGAAGCUUCUCAGACUUAUCCAGACAAAAUCAUCUGUACUGCCACCUCCAUAGGAUUAAAGUUUCAGUUUCAUUUUGCUAACAGACAUUUCUUCAAAACUGUCUCUUUCUUUAUCUGACUUUCUAAAAUUGAUUUUGGAAAUGUCUAGGUAGGCCCCUAGCUGUUAGCAGCUUAAAUAUUGGCUUGGACAUUGUUACUGAAAAGAGCAAGAAGCUGAUCUCUCCACCAAUGUAUAUUAGUGAAAAAAAAGGUCAAGAGAACAGACAGAUAUAGCAACUUUUCUUUCUGUGCUUGAGUGUAUUUUUCUCCAUGCUAGGACAAACAUUUGGUGAAUAGUAGACAAGUGUGUAAUAACCUUACCGUAUUUUUUAGUUGCUUUUGUCUUGUGCACCAUCUUCAAUAUUCUGAUGCUACUCAGAAAUAAAUUUUAUACUCUUAGAUGUGAAAAAUCAAUUUCCACAUGGCAAAUAUUGGUAAAAGACAGUAUUGAUUUCCAAGUCGUUUGAUUAAAAGUUUUCUGGAAUCCCA